AUGACUACAACUACAAAUACAACUCCUACUACAUUUCAUUGUAUAUUUAAAGUGAAAUAUAUUAGACAAUUGAUAUUCAAUCAUAUUAGUUGUGGUCGAAAACAACAACAACAACAACAAUGGUCAUUAAAAGGAGUAGAUAUCAUCAAAUUGCCCUACCUUGGAAUGAUAUCAAAGUUUGCAAUGCCUUGGUACUUUGUUUGUCAUUAUCUACCAUCUAAUAGUAAUCAAAUACUAUUGGAAAGAAGAAAAAGAGUGAUCACUCAAUACUGCUGUCAUCAAAAUGCAGCAUUUGAUACACUUCUACAUCUAUUGAAAUGGUCUCCCGACGUUGGGUUUGACUUUGAUUAUGAUUUGAUGUAUGUGAAUGCACCAAAUAUGAAUCAAGAUAUAAUAGAGUAUAUCAUCAAAGGUCUGAUUGACUCGAGUAAUAGUAAUAGUAAUAAUUUGAAAAUGGUUCUAGAUUGGGCAACUCAAGUCAUAUGCCGGAAUGGUUAUCUCUCAACUCUCAAAAUGUUAAAUUCUAAAGGUGUAGAUUUAAAGUACCUACCAAUGGACAUUUGUUCCUCAUUUGAAAUGGUAAAGUAUUUACACGAUAAUAGAAUUGGAAGUUGUAGUAAAGAUGCAAUGUUUCUUCAUUUUAAUCGAACUGAAGGUGCAACAAAGAAAGCUAUGGAUAAUGCCGCGACCAAUGGUUAUUUAGAGAUUGUUCAAUUCUUACAUGAACAUCGUAGUGAAGGUGCAACAACCAAUGCUAUGGAUUAUGCAGCUGAAAAUGGACACAUUGAAAUUGUAAAGUUCCUUUCAGAUCACCGUAGUGAAGGUGCAACAACCUAUGCUAUGAAUAAGGCAUCAAUGAAUGGUCACAUUGAAAUUAUAAAGUAUUUACAUGAGCAUCGUAGUGAAGGUGCCACUGCCAUAGCUAUGGAUUAUGCAUCAAAAAAUGGUCACAUUGAAAUUGUAAAGUUCCUUUCAGAGCAUCGUAGUGAAGGUGCAACAACCUAUGCUAUGGAUUGGGCAUCAAUGAAGGGUCACAUUCAAAUUGUAGAGUAUUUACAUUUCAACCGUACAGAAGGUGCAACAACCAAUGCUAUGGAUUGGGCAGCUGAAUAUAAUCACAUUGAAAUUUUAAAGUUCUUGUACGAGAAUCGUACAGAGGGAUGCUCAUCAUUUUGUAUUCUAUUUCCUGCCACCAAGGGGUAUAUUGAUAUAAUAUCCUAUCUUGCUCAUACCGUCAAGGUACCACUCCAAACAAAAUUGGUAAGAACAGUAUUAUUAAAUGGUCAAUUGGAUAUAUUCUAUUUUCUACGUGACCAUUUCGCAGAUCACGACUCAAUUUGGAAUAAAGGUAUUAUGGAUGCGGCAGCUUCAAAAGGGUACAUUGAAGUUGUAAAGUAUUUACAUGAACAUCGUAGUGAAGGUGCAACUACCUAUGCUAUGGAUCAUGCAGCUGAAAAAGGUCACUUGGAAAUGAUAAAGUACCUUCAUUUCAACAGGACUGAAGGCGCAACAAAGAGUGCUAUGGAUUUGGCAGCUGAAAAUGGAUAUAUUGAUAUUGUUAAAUUUUUACACUUUAAUCGAAGUGAAGGAUGUACUAAAAGGGCUGUUGAGAAUGCUUGUUGGAAUGGACAUUUAGAAAUAGCAGAAUUUCUAAUCAAUGUCAGAAAAGAGAAAUACGAUAAAGAAGAAAUAAUCAAACAACAAUCAACCAAUGAUGGAUACUAUGAUAUUGUUAGGUUUGUUCUUUCCCAUGAGAUGGUAACAGGAGGCCUAGAUAAAUUGGGAAAACAGUCACUUGAAGCGCUGAUAUAUCGUAUGAAAAAUCAUUCAAACUGUUUUGAAAUUGUCAAACUACUAGAGAUUUAUUUGGAACAUGGUGUUUGUCCAUCAUUGGAACGACUAGGAGAUUAUACGGAUACUUUAAACAAAACAUCGAUGACACAUAAAAAUAAUAAUAACAAAAAGAAAUAUGUUGGUCGUCGUACUUUGGCAGAAAUUUGUUUACAUUUGAAAAAAUUACAAUAUAUUAGACAUUUGAUAUUCAAUCAAGUAGGUGUGAUACAAAAACAAUUGUAUCGAGGUAGUGAUCGUGGUAGACUACGACCACCACGAUCAUUAAAAGGAAGAGAUAUCACCAAGUUACAUAAUCUUGAGAUGAUAUCAAAGUUUGCAAUGCCUUGGAACUAUAUUAGACAUUAUCUACCUUUGGAUGAUUGUACUCUUUUACUAUUUGAAACAAGAAAAAGAGUAAUCUCUGAAUACUGCUAUCAUCAAAAUGCAACAUUGGAUACACUUGAACAUCUUUGGGAAUGGUCCCAUGAUGUUGACUUUAAUUGGGAAGUGUUGUCAAAAAGAUGUGAUGGUAUACCAAAUCAAGAGAUAUUAGAGUUUAUCAUCAAGAAAUGCCCUGCUGGAGAGAAUAAAGAUUUCUUUAGGGCAGCGAUAAACAUGGCAUGUAGAAAUGGGUAUCUCGAGAUUAUAAAGAUGAUAGACUCUAUCAAAGGUAUAAAAAUUAAAAAGAAAGCAAUGGACACUGCUAGUAGUAUGGGAUUCAUAGACAUUUUUCUUCAUUUUAAUAGAACUGAGGUAUGCACAACUGAUGCUAUGGAUUUUGCUGCUGGAAAUGGUUAUUUUGAAAUGGUUAAAUUCUUACAUGAGCAUCGUAGUGAAGGUGCAACAACCAAGGCUAUGAAUUGGGCAGCUAGAAAUGGAUUCAUUAAUAUUGUAAAGUAUCUUGCUGAGCACCGUAGUGAAGGUGCAACAACUGAUGCUAUAGAUGGGGCUGCUGAAAAUGGACACAUUGAUGUGAUUAGGUAUCUUCAAGAGCAUCGUAGUGAAGGUGCAACAAGCAAUGCUAUGGAUUGGGCUGCUGAAAAUGGCCACAUUGAUGUGAUUAGGUAUCUUCAUUUUAAUAGAACUGAAGGUGCAUCAACCAAUGCUAUGGAUGGGGCAGCUGAAAAGGGUUACAUUGAAGUGGUCAAAUUUCUUCAAGAACAUCGUAGUGAAGGUGCAACAACCAGUGCUAUGGAUAGGGCUGCUGGAAAUGGCCACAUUGAAGUGGUCAAGUACCUUUCAGAGCAUCGCAGUGAAGGUGCAACUACAGAUGCUUUGGAUAAUGCAUCAAAGAAUGGUCACAUUGAAAUGGUAAAAUUUCUUUAUAAUAUACAUAGAACUGAAGGUACAACGAGUGAUGCAUUGUGCAAUGCAGCUUCAAAUGGUCAUAUUGAAAUUAUAAAGUUUCUUUGUCAACACUUUAAUGCAAGUAAAAGUGAAAUGGAACUUGUGAUGGAAUUGGCAUCCCAAAAUAAUCGUCUUGAAGUUGUCAAAUUUUUAUACUUUAAUCAAACAGUUGAAAGGUUCUCUUUAGAAUUCAAUUUUGAGAGAGUUGUUUUGGAUGCUUGUCGGAAUGGAUUUUUGGACAUGCUUUCUUUUUUCAUGAGUGUUGCAGCUGUCAAAGACCGAUGUAAUGGGGAGGAAAUGCUAACGGCUGCAUCGACCAGAGGACAGUGUGAUACUGUUAAGUUGAUUCUAGAGCAAUUUGGAGAUCACCUGGAUAAAGAGUCACUUGAAAGAAUGACUGCAACCACGACAACUAUAACUACUACAUAUACAUUUCAUUGUAUAUUUAGAGUAUCGUAUAUUAGACAUUUGAUAUUCAAAAAGAUAGGUGUGAUAUCAAAACACUUGUUAGAAGACGAAGAUGAUUAUGGGUAUAGACGGCUACUACCAUCGUUAAAGGGAAGAGAUAUCAUCAAGUUACCUUAUCUUGGUAUGAUAUCAAAGUAUGCAAUGUCUUGGGACUAUAUUAGACACUAUCUACCUAAAGAUUGUAAUCAAGUACUAUUAGAAAGAAGGAAAAGAGCGAUCAGUGAAUACUGCUGUCAUCCAAAUGCAACAUUUAAUACACUCGAACAUCUUUUGAAAUGGUCUAAAGGUACAAUUGGAUUUGACUUUGAUUGGAUUUACUUUCAAAGAAAGAACAAGGUAAUAACAAAUAAAGAGAUAUUGGAAUAUCUAAUCAACAUCAAGAAAUGUAGUCCGUCGACGACGACGAGAAAUAAUAAUAGUAAUAGUAAUUACUUGUUAGUUGAUGCAAUGGAGUUGGCUUGCAAGACUGGUGAUCUAUCACUGUUGAAAUUAUGUUCUACAGAAAAGAAUAAUAAUAAUAAUAAUAUUCGUUCAAGAGGUACAAAACAACUCAAUACAACACUCAUGAACAUGGCUUGUGGUAGAGGAUCAAUUGACAUUGUAAAGUAUUUACAUGAUAAUAAUUUAACUGAAGGAGGAUGCACUGUACAAGCAAUGGAUCAAGCAGCAGAUAAUAACCAAUUAGAGAUUUUAAAGUUUCUUCAUUUUAAUAGAACCGAAGGAUGUUCUAGUGAUGCUUUGGAAAAUGCCGCCCGCAAUGGACAUUUAGAGAUUGUUAAAUUCUUACAUGAACAUAGAACUGAAGGAUGCUAUAAAGAUGCUAUUUCUAGGGCAUCUAUUGAUGGACACAUCGAUGUUGUACAGUUCAUUCACGAGCAUCGUAGUGAUGGUGCAACAACUUAUGCGAUGGAUGGGGCAGCUAAAAAUGGUCACAUUGAAGUGGUAAAGUUUCUUCAUUUCAAUCGUACAGAAGGUGCAUCAACUGAUGCUAUUGAUUUAGCAGCUGAAAACGGUCACAUUGAAAUUGUAAAGUUUCUUUCAGAGUAUCGUAGUGAAGGUGCAACAACAACAGCUAUGGAUUAUGCAGCUUCAAAUGGUCAUAUUGAAAUUGUAAAGUAUCUUUCAGAGCAUCGUAGUGAAGGUGCAACAACCAAAGCUAUGGAUUAUGCCGCUGGAAACGGAUACAUUGAAGUUGUAAAGUUCUUACAUGAGCACCGAAGUGAAGGUGCAACUACCGAUGCUAUGAACGAUGCAUCGAUGAAUGGUAAAAUUGAUGUUGUAAAGUUCCUACAUGAGCACCGUAGUGAAGGUGCAACAACCGAUGCUAUGGAUGAUGCAUCGAUGAAUGGUCACAUUGAUGUUGUAAAGUUCUUACAUGAGCAUCGUAGUGAAGGUGCAACUACCGGUGCCAUCACCAGCGCAUCGACGAAUGGUCACAUCGAUGUGGUAGAGUUCCUUCAUUUCAACAGAAGUGAAGGUGCAACCACUAAUGCCAUGGAUGAGGCAGCUGGUAAUAAUCACAUUGAAAUUGUUAAAUUAUUACAUUUUAAUCGAAGUGAAGGAUGCAGCAACAGAGCUAUUCGACUUGCUUGUCACCGAGGGCAAUUGGAAACAGCAUCUUUUCUCAUCGAUGUUAGAAAAGAGAAAUGUGGUGAUGGCGAAAAAAUACUACAAGCUGCAGCACAUGAUGGACACUAUGAUCUUGCCAAGCUGAUUCUCCAACAAUUCAGAGAUACACUUGGCACCGAACCAAUUAAAAGAAUUCUCACAUUUAUCAAAGACCGAGAUCAUUUUGAAAUCACUCAACUACUUGUCGAUCAUAUAAAACUAUCCUUAUAA